AUGGACACCGCCAUAGCGAGGCAGCUCAUAGACAAGAUCUACGAGAAGCGGAAAGCAGCAGCACUCGAGCUUGAGCGGCAAAUCCGAGAAUGUGCACAGCAAGGGGAGCAGAAACGUAUCAGUCAAAUUAUCGACCAGCUGGUCGAGAUGUUCAACAAUGCCUCGAAUCCUUUGCACAUUAGGAACGGAGGUCUGAUCGGUCUCGCUGGAACCGCAAUUGCACUGGGCGUAGACAUUGCUCCGUACAUGGAGAAGUUUGUUGGCCCAUUACUGGAUUGUUUUGUCGAUCCCGAGAACAGAAUCAGAUACUUUUCCGCGGAAUGUUUGUAUAACAUCGCCAAGGUUUCAAAAGGAGAGGUUCUUGUAUACUUCAAUGCUAUCUUCGAUGCAUUGAGCAAGCUUGCAGCCGACUCAGAACUGUCUGUCAAGAAUGGCGCUGAACUAUUGGAUCGACUCCUGAAGGAUAUCGUGGCAGAGUCCGCCUCUGUUUACAUUCCUCUCUACCCUGAAACUGAGAAAGUACGCGAUGAACGCGAAGAGCUGCCGGGGGUCUUAGUCCCUUUACCUGAUAGCUCUCCCGGGGAUGUCAAGAUCAAGAAAGCAUUCUCUCUGGCCCACUUCAUUCCACUUCUACGUGAACGAAUUUACGUCGUCAGUCCGUUCACUAGAAGUUACCUUGUCUCCUGGAUCAGUGUUCUGGACUCAGUUCCUGAACUGGAACUCAUAACAUAUCUUCCGGAAUUUCUGGAUGGAUUACUGAAAUACCUGUCAGACCCGACUGAGGAUGUCAGAGUUGCUACUGAGAACUUGCUUGCCGAUUUCCUACGCGAACUUCGCGACGUUACCAUUGUCUCACGUCAACUUAAUCAACAGACCAAGUCGAAGGCUCCGACCGAUUCUUUACGCAAAGCAGAUGUAGACGGCGAGAAACUACCAGAUCUUACUCGCGAGAAUGCUGAGCGUGCAUUAUAUAUGCUGGAAAACGACGAGCACCGUUCAGCUAAUAACCAUCUUGGGGGUGGGGAGGAUUAUUAUUCGGAUGAGGAUGAUCGGGAUAUUGGAGCCUGGAUACCUGGUCAGGGAGUCAGAGUCGACUAUGCUGCUAUCAUUGAAAUUCUUCUUGAGCAAUUGGAAAAUGAUCACGACGAAAUUCAACAGUCUACGGCUCUGAGAUGGCUUGCAGAGUUCCUUACCUUUGCGCACGAAGUGAUGAUUCCUUUUACACCUCGGUUGCUCACUGCAAUUCUCCCAAAUCUUGCUCAUCAUGCUGUUAUGAUUCAAUCCGCUGCAAUUCGCACAAAUAAACUCCUCCAGAACGUUAUUCAAAAGCUCCCAUCGCCACAAGAUCCGCCGCCACAUAAACCACCUGUUACAGAGAAAUCGAAUCUGCCAACCAGAACUCCCAGAUCACCAGAGCCUGUACCAAUAGCAUCAACAUCGACAAACAAUCCUACAAAUUCACGGCAAUCGACAUUAAGUUCCCAGAAUUCCAGAGAAACUUCAUCUCCCGAGUUGACUCUGGAUUCUAAUACAUCGUACCUUCCCACACGAGGACGACCCAGCAAUGCCGACCUUACAUUAACACCCCGGCCCGGCCAACCUGCUGAAAUCCUUCCGACUGCUGGUAGUAGACCACAUUCACCAGUUUCUUUUGCUAGCUCUGGUGUCAACGGUAAUGCCGUGAAUGUGCAUGUACAAGAGGAUGCCGAUCCAUUCGACUACCAGAAGACUGUCGAUGAACUCACGGUACAGUUCCUCAGUGAAUUUGAAGAGACUCGUGUGGCGGCUCUGAAGUGGAUGAUCAUGCUGCACCAGAAGACUCCAAAAAAGAAUUUGGCCAUGGACGACGGGACAUUUCCAGCGUUGCUGAAGAUACUAUCAGAUAGCUCUGAAGAGGUCAUCAAGCACGACCUGCAAUUGCUCGCUCAAAUUUCAUCGAGCUCAGAAGAGAGCUACUUCAAAGUCAUGAUGAAUUUAUUGGGACUCUUCAGCACUGAUAGGAGCCUUCUGGAAACCCGAGGAAGCCUUAUUAUUCGUCAAUUGUGUUUGAAUCUUAACACGGAGAAGAUAUAUCGCACAUUUGCUGAAAUAAUCGAGAAAGAAGAUGCAAAAUUUGCGAGCGUCAUCGUGCAGAAGUUAAACAUCAUAUUAAUAACAUCACCGGAACUUGCAGAUUUUAGAAAGCGACUCAAAAGUGUUGACACAAGACAAGACGGGCAAGCUCUAUUCACUACACUUUACAGAUCAUGGUGCCACAACGCAGUGUCGGUGUUCUCUUUGUGUCUUUUAGCUCAAGCCUAUGAACAUGCUUCAAAUCUCUUGUAUAUUUUCGCCGAUCUUGAAAUCACAGUCCCCAUGCUUGUUCAGAUCGAUAAGCUUGUCCAACUAAUCGAGUCGCCUGUCUUCACAUAUAUUCGUUUACAAUUGCUGGAACCAGAAAAAUACCCACACCUUUUCAAGUGUCUAUAUGGCAUUCUCAUGUUAUUGCCCCAAAGCUCAGCCUUCGUUUCACUACGCAAUCGACUUAACGCAGUAAACUCUGCAGGAUUUUUGCAAAUUGCUCCCAAGUCCAAUGCUGGUUCCGUCUCUGGUCGUUCAAAGCUCGGACGAGACGAAAUUAAGUGGCAAGAUCUUCUUCUCCAUUUCCGCACAGUGCAAGCUAGACAUGAAAAGGCGCGAAGGCAGGCUCUAGGAAACGACAAUUCACCGAUAACAGGGUUCCCAGAAGACAGGAUUGGCGAAACACCGGACAAGGUCGGCAAAGUUGCUUCCCCUGGCGCACGGCCACCAAUGCGCAGAAGGGUUACAGGAGAUGUAUCAAUGCCGAAUAUCAUUCCGAUGCCACCCGCGCCAUCAAGAGCAGGUGCACUUUCCCCCCUAAAUCCCAAGUCUCGGGGGGCGGGUGGGUUGACGAGCCUGAUGGGUUCAAAUAACGUACCUAAUUUGUCGCCCAAUUUGAACCCUGCUGCGGCAUUGACCCUUGCCCAGAAACAGCGACGCCCUCCGCUAGAAUUGAAUCGCAAGUAG